AAUGUUUUACUUUUAGAUGUUACUUGGUGUUUUCGACUCAUUAACCAAUUAAAUCAUUUGUGCUUACAAAAAUUCGAAGUAAAAACCUACAAUGGAAGAUGUCCGGACCUUGCGGUACGACAUCCAGUGGGAUGUUUUCGAGGGGAUGCUAAUAGUUGACAUAAACUCAAAGUACUACGACAUGGUGAUUGAGUUUAUGUGGUCGCAAUCAUUUUUAAAAAGCCUGGUAUACGAGAGUCUCGGUCUAUUCGAUCUGCCGGACAUGAAGGAGACAUAUUCUAGGUAUGUGCGCCACAUCCUGCGAAACGAAUGCUCGGUGAUGAUGAUUAGCGAGGACGAAACCCAGAUAAAGGCAGUGGGCCUGCUCGAAUGGAUGACCGAGGAAUGGCACUCCUGGGUGUUCUUCCCGUCGUCGAUGCCCAGGAACCUCUUCCAGCAGAUCAUAAUAAUGAAGAAGGAGCUCAUCGAUGCGACCAAGGAGAAGCUGGGCAUCUCCACCUACGACUCGCUGGUCGUGCACGAGAUUGCCUUUCCGGACGAGCUGUACUUCAACAAGGACUUCCUAAUGACCAUCUUCGAUGUGUUCGGCUUCGUGGCCCAGCACAUGCACAUGCCCCGCGUGAGCUUCAUCGCCCUGAGCUCCGUGGAUCAGGAGGCCGUCAGUCUGAUCGAGUACGACGAGAUCGGACGGACCAUCUACUCGAUCUACAAGGUGGGCAACACCCGGCCCUUCGACAUCCUGCGCGAGCUGGACGAGAUGUACGCGCUGCUCUUCGAGCUGCCCGUCAGCCCGCUUCUGAAGUACGGCGACAUGUCCGGCUUCGAGGAGUUCCACGAGGCCCUGGAUGCCAAGUUGGCCAAGGAGGAGGCCGAAAAGCGGCACGAUGACGACUUGUGAGAUCUCUCUGUGGCGCCACCCUUCACCACAUGUCUGCCUACUUUUGGGCUUCGCCCUCGAAAUCCCCCCCCAGCCUCCCUUCUACGAGUGCUUACUUGCGGGCACAAUCAUAGAGGGCGAUGUUUGGAGCAGGCGGUGAUAAGCCUAUCAGUACGAUCCCCAUGCCAGUGCGAUAAUGAUUCUGAUUACACUUUAAAAUGUGCUUAGACAAUAAAAUCGUAUAGAUCUCACCGAA